UCCCUAACGUCCCCAGCCCGGUGUAGGGAGCUGCGGCCCCGGGAGUCCCAACUGCGUUCCAGAGCCCGGGAGCAGAGGCCCCGGCUGAAGACGCAGGCAGAUCUUCAGCCCUGGGCUGCGGCUGCCAAGGUCCGGAAGAUCCGAGUCGCUGCAGAGAGGAUGCAGGGCGAGCCUGAACAUCUCCAUCCUCAGUUUCUCCACUUGCUGCAGCGCCGCAGCGCCUGGUAGCGAGCACCUCAGCAGGAACAACAACAUAAAACCAUCAACUGGAAAGAACAUUUUGAAUUUGCUCCAAGACGCCAGUCCUUCAUUUAUAAACAUCUGUGAAAGAAGAAUCAGGAUCUCUUACAAAGUCUUCAAGCUGUCUCCCCACCCCACCCCGCUUCAGGAACUCUUGAGAUGUCGGGCAGAACAGAAGCAAAUUACACUGAAUGCUCGUCCACAGCUCGCAACAAAGACAUGGAGCUUUGAAGGUCAGAGUAGCGUGGUGUCGGCCAUGGGUCAUCAAGACACAGCCGGACAAUGUGGACCAAUUUCUUCAAACUACGAGUCUUCUGCUAUCUGUUUGUGGUGCUAAUGGUGGUGGUGUUGGUCAUCAAUGUCACUCAGGUCGAGUACUUGGACCAUGAGACGAUAUCAGAGACAUUCAUCGACAGCAGCGGCCAGUACGCCUACUCGCAGGCUACGGGCGUCAGCCGGAACGCGUACUGUGGCUACGAGCACCAGACCCUGUCCAGUCGGGAACGCUUAGAGGAGGAUGCCUUGCUUGCUGCCUCCAAGUGGAAGGUGCCGGAUGUGGACCUGGUCCCGUUUGUGAAGAGCACCGAUCCUUCUUCCAGCUACUUUGUCAUCUUGAAUUCUGCAGCCUUCUUCAGGGUGGGGAGCCCGCUGGAGGUGCUGGUUCACGUGCAGGAUUUUCGAGGGAAGCCCAAGAAGUACGGAGGAGAUUACCUGCAGGCUAGAAUACACUCGCCCAGGCUGCAGGCGGGGGCCGCGGGCCGAGUGGUAGACUACCAGAAUGGAUUCUACAAGGUGUUUUUUACUUUGCUCUGGCCAGGCAGAGUUAGAGUGUCUGUGUCUCUGGUUCACCCCAGCGAAGGGAUCCGAGUUCUUCAGCGCCUGCAGGAAGAGAAACCAGACAGGGUCUAUUUCAAGAGUCUCUUCCGAUCGGGAAGGAUUUCGGAAACAGUGAAGUGCAACGUGUGUCUUCCUGGAAGUCUUCCCCUGUGCAACUUUACGGAUCUAUACACCGGAGAGCCCUGGUUCUGUUUCAAACCAAAGAAACUCCCCUGCAGCAGCAGAAUCAACCACUUCAAGGGCGGAUACACGAAGGACCUUCUCACGGCCGCCGAAAGUGCUUUCUUUCAGAGUGGUGUGAAUAUCAAGAUGCCAAUCAACUCCAGCGGGCCUGACUGGGUGACCGUGAUCUCCAGGCGAAGGAAAGAAACUGAUGAUCUAGAAGUAUCUCAAGGCUCAGGAAUUUUUCCAUCCGGAUAUUUCUACAAAAACCAGUGGAGGCCCAGGAGGUUUAAGAUGCGCCAUUUCAAUGACCCCGACAACAUUACGGAAUGCUUGCAAAGAAAAAUGGUAUAUUUGUUCGGUGACUCAACAAUCAGGCAGUGGUUUGAAUACCUCACUACAUUUGUUCCAGAUUUAGUGGAGUUCAAUUUGGGCAGCCCCAAGAACGUUGGUCCCUUCCUCGCAGUGGACCAGAAACACAACAUCUUGCUCAGAUAUCAGUGUCAUGGUCCACCCAUCCGAUUCACCAGUGUCUUCAGUAAUGAGCUCCAUUAUGUGGCAAAUGAACUGAACAGGAUUGUGGGCGGGAAGAACACAGUGGUGGCCAUAGCUGUAUGGUCUCACUUUAGCACAUUCCCCUUGGAAGUCUAUAUCCGGAGACUCAGGAACAUCAGGCGAGCAGUGGUUCAACUCCUGGAUCGAAGCCCUAAGACUGUGGUUGUCAUCCGGACAGGCAAUGCCCAAGAGCUGGGGCCUGAGGUGAGCCUUUACAACAGUGACUGGUACAACUUUCAGCUGGACACUGUCCUUCGGAGGAUGUUUUCAGGGGUUGGAGUCUAUCUUGUUGAUGCCUGGGAGAUGACCUUAGCACAUCAUCUACCCCACAAGCUGCAUCCAGAUGAAGUGAUUGUGAAGAACCAGCUGGACAUGUUCUUAUCUUACGUAUGCCCUUUGGAGACCUAGCUAUCCCCAAGUACACUAGAGCAAUCACGUUCAGUGACCUUUCCAAUUGACCUGCAGCAGAGAAACUUUGCGAUCGAUCGACUCCAUUGUGAAAUGGAUCCUCUCACCUUGUUUGACCUUUCAGAAAAGAGCUGUACUUUGCAUAAUGACUGGUAAUGAACCCAGGCCAUGUAGACUGCAUUUGUAUCUACCUAUAGGAUUUUUCCGUCUUGACUUAGCCGUCAUACAGAUCUAACUUACCGCAUCUACAUACUGUAUUGCCCUUGUAACCAAAGAAUAACUAGUGGUUAAGAGCUAGCUUGUCCUGGGGGUGGAGAUGACUGUGCUGAUGCCAGUGAGGGGUGUUUUGAUGUAAACAGAAGGGACAGAUUUGGUUCUCAGUGCUAUGUUUGCCACGUACCUGAAUAGAUUUGGUUGGCCGUGCUGUGUUUGCCUCUUACCUGGUAAAGGACAUUGAACAUGUCUUCAUGAACAGCACGAAGCUCCCUCCUCAGGAAUAGAGAGGGUUUAUUGCUAGAGGUUCCUGUGGCUACAGUGAAGACGGCUGUAUCUCAGGAGUUUCUAUUGACUUAUUUAUUUUUUUUCUCAAUUACUUGUAAAGGUGUGUGGUCGGAAUUUUAUAUGAGGAUAUUAACGAUUUCCUGCUUUUCUCUGGAAAGAAGCAAAAUGAAAGAGCACACAGCCUCUGCUUUGGAUUGAUAUGGAAAGCUAUUUCUUACUUGAUUCAGCUGAAUUUUACGUGAUGAAUUCUUAUUCUAGAAUAACCACUUUUGGAAACAGAUAUGUACAUAGAAGUUUAUUUUUAUGUUCUGAAGCGUGUGGGUUUUAAGAACUGACUUUUAUGUAAAGAAUGCAGCUGACACUGAUAAAAUUGUUAGGGUUUCUCCCCUCCAAUUCCAAAUGUUUCCCUUUGCUUUUGGCUGUCAUGAAAUAUGUGCUGAGAUCAGACAUGAAACCAGAUCAGAAGUUAAUAAAAUGAGAUAUUAAAAUCCUUUUUUAAAAAGAUUUAUUUAUUAUUAUAUGUAAGUAUACUGUGGCUGUGUUUAGACACACCAGAAGAGGGCAUCAUAUCUCAUUACGGAUGUUUGUGAGCCACCAUGUGGUUGCUGGGAUUUGAACUCAGGACCUUCAGGAAGAACAAUG